AAAGCAUGCUGUAAAAGCCUGCAUCAAUCUCAGAUAAAACUAUUUGUAUUCUAAUGUAACUUAAUGCAACACGUGUUAUAUAACUUAAACAGUAAAACAUGAGUGAUGCUGCAAUGCAAUGCCCUUUUUGUGGGGGCAUGCUUCCUUUAAAUAUCAGCCAUUCCUUCCUUUCAACAAUUCAUCCACUUCCAUUUUCUUUCUCCAUUUUCCUUCUGCGUUAUUUCUCCACUCACCAUGCUUCCAAAGUUCAUCAAUAACAAAAGAAGAAAGCAUGAGAAAUCAUUUGACAUGGAUGUUGGUUUGAGACUUCUCCCUCAAAUCACCAGCUCAAACACCACAUCAAACGUUCUCUUGAAAUCUGCAAUGAGAAAGCCAAACCAGUAUUCCAUCCCUCAAGAUUUCUGCUUCCUUAAAACUUGCAAUCUCUGCAAUAAGCAGCUCAGCCCAGACAAAGAUAUUUACAUGUACAGAGGAGAUCAAGGUUUCUGCAGUGUAGAGUGCCGCAACAGACAAAUAGUUUUGGAUGAGAUGAAGGAAUUAGAAAGCUCUACCAAGCAAAUGGUAGCAUCUUACAGACAAUGUUGCAGUGAGGCACGUCAAGAGACUCGCCUUAUACUGAAGGACCUUCGAAUGCAGAGACUCAAAUCUAGAGUCUGAACAAAAUCCUUAUCAGUAUAAUCAAAACCACUGGAAAUAAUUUUUGUAGAUUGCUGCAUAACUAUACAUGCUGUAUGAAACAUGUUAUACAGUUCCUUUUUUUUUUUUUAGAAUUUUGACAGAAUGAUGUGAGAUGUUGUUCAAUAUUUUUUUAACUAGAAGAAAUAUUAAUGUUU